UCUCUCCUUGCCUCCACCUCCCAAGCCAGGGCUGUUUAUGCCCUUUCUGAAUUCUGUACAUCUUUCAAAGCUGGCUCAAGAACUCAGGUACUUCCUUCUCUGUGCAGGCUUCCUGAGUACCAGGAUCCCUCUUCGCUAUGAACUGUUCCUAUGAAGCUUUAUAAUAAACUCCCAUUCAGGCUCUCUUCCUCGGGGCUACCUACGGAGGUGGCAGCCCUCAGACCCCAUGUGAAGCUGAAGAUCAUCAAAAAGAAGACCAAGAGGGCUCGGCGGCACCAGUCAGACCGAUAUGUCAAAAUUAAGCAUAAUGGUGGAAACCCAGAGGUAUUGACAACAGAGUUGUCAGGGAGAAGAUUCAAGGGCCAGAUCUUGAUGCCCAACAUUGGUUACAGGAGCAACAAGGAAACAAAGCAUACAUUGCCCAGUGGUUUCCGGAAGUUCCUUGUCCACAGCAUCAAGGAGCUGGAAGUGCUGCGGAUGUGCAACAGAUCUUACUGUGCAGAGAUUGCUCACAACCUUUCCUCCAAGAACCUCAAAGCCAGUGUGGAAAGAGCAGCCCAGCUGACCGUCAGAGUCACCAAUCCCAAUUCCAGGCUGUGCAGCGAAGAAAAUGAAUAG